AUGACAUAUCAUAUCAUGCAUAGCAAGUAGCACCCUAAGCCUUUUAACCCCUUCACCUCACUCAACAUUUGUUUGGCUACGCCAGCUCAUUCAUUUAUUCAUUCAACCCCAUCACCAACCCCUCACUAUCUCUCUCUAUUCCUCUCUUUCUCUCUCUCUUCUCAAACGUUUCAACGUUUCAGUGUCAGAUCUCAAGGCUUAACGUGGUGUUGGGUCAUCUUCGGCUUUGCGUUGCCCUUGGUAUUCGAUUCUACACCCACAUCGUUUUCUGGUAAAAAACAGAGUCUUUUGAGGGGAAAAUGGCUAACGGGUUAGAGAGAGAAAGUGGGUCGACGAUAUUCAGCGAGGAGGAGCUGAGAGAGGUGAGUGGGGUGAAGCGUGUUGGGGACUAUGUCGAAGUCACGUGUGGGUGCACGAGCCAUAGAUAUGGUGACGCUGUUGGAAGACUUAGGGUUUUCGUUAAUGGGUACCUUGAAAUCACUUGUGAAUGCACCCCUGGUUGUCAAGAAGCCAAGUUGACUCCUUCUGCAUUUGAGAAACACUCUGGAAGAGAGACUGCCAGGAAAUGGAAGAAUAAUGUCUGGGUGAUUGUUAAUGGUGAGAAGGUUCCACUGUGUAAAACAGUACUGCUCAAAUACUACAAUCAGGUGUCAAAAGCAGCAAAUGGAUCCCAUAGAUCCCAAAAUGGCCGUGCUUGUCACCGUGAUGAGUUUGUUCGCUGCUCUAGGUGCAACAAAGAGCGUAGGUUUCGUCUGAGAACAAAAGAGGAAUGCCGCAUUCACCAUGAUGCUUUGGCAGAUGCAAAUUGGAAAUGUUCUGAUCUUCCAUAUGACAAAAUUACAUGUGAUGAUGAAGAGGAAAGAGCAAGUCGUAGAGUUUACAGGGGAUGCACUCGUUCUCCAACAUGCAAAGGUUGCACUUCUUGUGUCUGUUUUGGCUGUGAUAUCUGCCGCUUUUCAGAGUGCAGUUGCCAGACUUGUGCUGACUUUACAAACAAUGCCAAAGCUUGACUCCUUCAUAUUAUAUGCUAUUUUCUAUUUUCUCACUUGUUAAUGUGACCUAUUUAUGCCUCCCUAUAAGAACAAUACGUUUAAUUUAAUUUCCUAAUUGCUCAUUACCAGUCUGACUGAGUUCACCAUUCCUUGUUCUCACUGUGACUGGAUCAUAAAUUUCAAUCUCAGCAAUUUAUUUUCA